AUAAGUAAAGGAGAUGUGAGCAGACAGGCACAACUCCAACAACUCCACCAAACGCACUGUUACACCUCGUCGGCUCCACUCCUUAGCACCACUCCGCUGUAAGCAUCCUCCCUUUUGGACGAGAAGGCAUUUUGCGGCGCUGCGUCGGAGCUUCAUGGCCGCGACACUCGCGAUGAGCGGCGGCGGGCAGGAGGAUCCCUUCUAUCCGCUGCAGAAGGCGACUCUGCCCGCCGGAUUUCCCCUGGAGGACUCGGCGUUGUUCGGCUUGGACUGCAAGAUCACAGACACAGACAAGGCUGGACAAAAUGACUACACGCAGGCGAAGUGUGAGAUGGACAGGUAUCUCUCCCCUCAGUCUCUUCCUCUCCCAGCUCAUGCAGACAGCCAGCAGAAGUCCCAGAGAGACAGCACGCUGGAUCAGUUCUUCACUGGCGAUCACGCUGGGGCUCCCUACACCCUCAACAUGAAUCUUUACCUCCCUGACGCUGCCUACGUGAGGAUGGGUUUAUGUCAGCAGGUGCGCCCCCCUCAGCACCAGAACCAAACAGGUCUCACCCAGAUCAAAACAGAAUCGGUCUCCCCGUGUUUCUCCCCCAACAUCCAGCUGCACUGCCCCAACACGACACCCACCAGUAGCUGCAGCACAUCUGGACAUGGCCCUGGCACUAUUGCCAUGGAAACCUCAGCCAUAAACAUGACGUUAACAGGGUUACCAGACUUCACUAGUGUUUUUAACCAGUCGGGAGGCAGCCGCGGAGAAGAAUCAGUGCCAGAAGUGUUCAUCAAACAGGAAAUGUCAUCUCAGUUUGAUCAGCAUGCUCUCCACCACCAUGACAACAGCGGCUCGCUGUUUCAGCUACUAAACUCCGGCUUGGACCAUCACCAUGGCAAUGGUAUGGAGCCGCAGCAUCAGCAUCAUCAUCAGCAGAUACAACACACUUCCACUUCCACAAUCCACACACCUUUCCAUGAUUUGCCCGUAGCCUCUUCUGCAUCUCAACAAGAGCAGACCGCUAAGCCUUCCUACUGCGGCAUGGGCGGCAGGGCGUACACACAUCCUCAUGCUCAGGCGCAUCCCCAUUUCCUCCAGCAGCAGGUGCCCUACCUUCCGCCCUCUCCGCCAAGCUCGGAGCCCGGCAGCCCUGACAGGCAGAAGGAGCUGCUGCACACCAUGUCUCCUCCGCCCUCAUAUGCAGCCACCAUCGCAUCCAAGUUGGCAGGUAGCACCCCUGGACUCGGACCCGGCCCGGGACCAGGCAGCUUAGCUUUGCCGCUCACUACAGGUCCCACGCCAGUCCCGGGCCAAGCAGCAGGCCUUCCCCAAGCACCUGCAACAACCCCAGCACCAACCCCAGCUCAGACCACCGUGCCUGCCCGCUACAACCGGAGGAACAACCCCGACUUAGAGAAACGACGGAUCCACCACUGUGAUUACCCAGGCUGCAAGAAGGUCUACACCAAGUCGUCCCAUCUGAAAGCCCACCUCAGGACUCACACGGGUGAGAAGCCGUACAGGUGCACGUGGGACAGCUGUGACUGGCGUUUUGCUCGAUCUGAUGAGCUGACACGUCAUUUCCGGAAGCACACGGGCGCCAAACCCUUCCAGUGCGCCGUCUGCUCGCGCUCCUUCUCCCGAUCCGACCACCUCGCCCUGCACAUGAAGAGACACCAGAACUAGCAGCGUUUGCACACACAAACACUACAAAUACACAAGCACUAUCUUGACACACAUAAAGCACUCACUCCAUCUCCCACAACAACGUUACAAGCUGCCUGACGACACCACAGCUGCUCCUGGUGCUGCUAUCCGGUACGAUAGCCUAACAAACGUGUUGCUCUUAACUCAGAGUGGGACAUCUCGGAGGUUGUAAAGUACAAAAGAUAACGGCCAGAUGAAGUUUCUGGUCUCUUAACCUCCGCGUAUAAAUUUCUUUGGAUGAAUACAAAGAAGAAAAAUAACAAAAAGAAAAAUGGUAGCUCCAAAAUGUGUCUCCAGUCCAUUUGGACUAUUUUGUGCGACUGGAAUGAAAGCACUUACAACUCAAAACUUGUACAUCUUUUAUUUCUGUCCUAACAUAGAACAGGCUUCAUCUUUUUCUUUUUAUAAAGGAGAAGCUGUUGUUUGCAAAACUAGUCAAGCCAAAUCUUUGUUUACUCCUUGGUUUGUUAGUUUGUUCAUAUAACUGGAAUAUCCAGGUUUGAUUUUUUUUUUUUUUUACCAAAUCCUUCGGUUUGCACUAAUUGGUAAUCUUCGUCUACAUCUCAUUCACCACUGGAACAAUCAUUAUCACCACUGGACUGAAUCUCUGUGAACGCUACACAAAUCAUUGCUGUUCAGAUAUUAAAAAUUGAAGGCAUUUAUACUCUGGAGAGAGGAGAGAUCGUGCGGGGGAAAAAUGAGGGAGGGGUGGAGAUGAAGAGAUAGAAAGAUUUUUGUUUUUAGAGAGAGAGGAGAGACGGAGAAACAGAGGAAGGUGGAUGGUUGCUAAAGAGCAGCAAUUAGGUGAUGAAUUAUUUAUGUCGUCUUUUCCAACCAGAGAAAUGUAACCCGUAGACAUAUACCAGAAUUCAUCAGUUAAAACAGAUUUGACUGUAUUUGAUGCACAAGCUUGAAUUAAGCGUCGUUAAAAUCCAUUUACUGUACAUCUGUCUCAUCCAGCCUGUUUUAAUCUUUCAGAUGUUUUAACCAAAGUAUCACCUUCAUCGUCGACACCUUAUUAAGUGCCUCCUUCUCUGAUUUUUGUGUUUGUGCUCAGUGGUAGCAGAGCUGUGAUCAAUGUAGACAGUCCUUUUAAACACACAUGGUGCUGUUUAUUUUUAUUUCUUAAUCUAUUGAAAUCUUGAGGAAAAAAAAUCUUUUCAAAAUUACAAGGUUUACCCAUCAUUCAUUGUGAUUUAACAGCUCGGCUCAGGCCACUUCACAGACAUCCUUUUUUUAAAUUGAACCAACAGUCAGUCUUUUCUCUGAGAGUUUUCCCGCUCUGACUCUGUACACAACUAACUUGCGAUUUGGCUCUAUCACUCAAUCGAAACAUGGACGUAUGUUUUGUUUAUAGAAAAGUCACAUUUUUUCAAGUCUUUCUUUAAACUACAUGGCUAUAUAUGUGCAUUGCAAGAGUUAUUGGUUGCUGCAAGUGUCCCUCGAGAGAUAACUGCUUAAAAACAACAAAGAUUUUGUCCCCCAUCUCAUUGAAUCAGUCUAAGAACAGAUCUCGUUACAUCUAAGUCAGUUUGGACAAGAGGAACAACUGCAUCCAUCAAAAACUUUAAUGUAGGGUGAGAUGGAGGAUGAUUAUGAAAAGAUUGUGCCAAAUCUACUCUGAAUUUUGACAUUUCAUAUAGAUUGGGAUUUUACUUUGUUGUAUUAAUGGUUAGGGCAUGUUGCUUCAAUAGUGGGGCAUGACAGCUCAGUUGCCAAAAGGAAAUGUUUCCAUUAUACGUUCAUGCAAACCACAAAUAUGUUUCAUUUGCAUGUUUCAUGCUUGUCAUAUCAAUGUCUCUAAAGUGACAGAAUAUAUAAGCUGACUAUUGCGAUAAGGAGGCAGAGUGGAAGGUGGAUAGUCACCUAGGCGAGACGCCCACUAAGCUUUAGACCACCGUUUGAAACCAUCAACACCAGUUGUUUUUUGGUGACCCACCAUUGUUUUUGGCACAGAAUCUCCUUAUUUUUGGCGGCAAACUGCAGCAUUAUCAGCCAUGUUUGAGCUACUGAAUCUGGGUAUUUUUCACUGAUACAACUCAGAGUUUCCCAGUGGCAUUUGAGCCGCCAGACCUGGGUGUUUUCACCGACCCGUGCCUGCUUUUUCAGUGGCUUCUAUCCAUGUCCAUGUGAUUUUUUUUUUGUGCCUAAAUCUAACCACACCUUCACCACAGCGUUGUUGAGAAAAGUUUCAACGUAUCCACUACAUAUUAAUGUAUAAAUAUAAUGUGUCUGUUUGCAAAAACAUACAAUGCAAACAUUUUUAUGUCAGCUGGGUUGAGAAAGGUUUUCAUUUUUGUGGUAUUGCAACAGAAUUGGCAACUCACCAAUUUAUUUCUCUCAACAAUGUGUUGGUUUAUGCGUCAUCAUCCUGCAAAUGCUGAACUCAGAUCCAAAUAAGUAAAAGUGACUUUGUUCUUAAGGAGGGACAGUUUCUCCCCGUCUUACCCUAUAUAUGCACAAGAGCAUUGAUUCAAAGCAGACUUGAAAAAAUGUGACCCUGUCCUUAAAAAUACUCUCAAAUGUCCGUUUUGAUGUUGUGAUUGAGCCUUCGCCUAUAACUGUAUUUGUUCAUUCACUGCAGGUAGCAUAAAGAUAAUAUAGCACUGUAAUGUAUCAUGGUAAAUCUGACUAUUUAUUUGAUUGUGUAGAAGUGGGGGUUGUAUCAGAUCAACCAUGUUUCUCCCCAGCAAAAAUGCCUUAAUGUAAAUAUAUGCACUGUAAAUAACUAUUGAUUCUUGUUUUUUUGUUUUUUCCUCUUUUGUUAUUAUUUUGUAAACAAAAGGGCAAAAAGAGGAAAAUGCCCUGCAUCCAAAAAUAUUUGAGCCUUUUUGUUUUUCUUUUGGUUUUGUUUUUCUUGUCAAAGAUUUUUUGAUGCCAUUGUUUUAUAUAUUGUCCUUCCAACAACUUAUUUUGUAGAUUUGUUUUCUUCCUAGGUAAACGUUCCAAAGACAAAAGUUGUUUUUUUUCUUCAACUGAGUGAAACCGAUCCUAAUAAAGUCAACUGACACUUUUA